AUGUCUCUGAAUGAAAACAUUACCGAGUUCACCUCCAAACUCUCCCCAGCUGCGGACGCAUGUGUGGGACUGGCCAUCCUCUCCGUCGUUUUGCUCUCUGUUCUCGGCAAUGGGCUGGUCCUGGUCAUCUGUUACCGCAGGAGGAAGAAGAUGGUGGGCUCGGAGCUGCUGUGUGUCAACCUGGCCUUGGUCGACUUCCUCUGCUGCAUCUGCUUCUACCCGCUCUCUGUCAUGUCCUCUUUCCACCACUCGUGGCUGGGGGGGAACGUCACAUGCGUCUACUACGGCUUCGGCUGCUUCAUCUUCGGACUGUGCGGCAUGUUCACCGUCGCCGCCAUCAGCGUCACGCGCUACCUGAAGACCUGCCACAGCUUGCUUCACACCGUGCAGUCGGAUAGAGCUAGCAUCCGCAUGGCGUGCUGCGCCACCUGGGUGGUCGCCACCGUGUGGUCCAGCUUGCCCCUCUUUGGCUGGGGCGAGUACGUUCCCGAGCCUUAUGGACUGUCCUGCACCAUCGCCUGGAGGGGUUACCACACCUCGGCAAAGGACGCCUUCUACGUCAUCUGCACCUUCGCCAUCUUCACACUGGUCCCCAUUCUCCUCAUCGUGGUGUCCCAGUGUCAGAUUCUCAACCAGGUGUCCAGCUUCACCGACUCCAUGUCUGCCAGAGGCAUCCACAACAACCUGCGGCGCACUGAAAAACGGCUCUCUAUGAUGUUUUUCUGCAUCAGCCUGGGUUUUGUGAUCGCCUGGGCCCCGUAUGCUGUCGUGUCCUUCCUCUUCAUUUUCCACAAGGAGCACAGGUACAUGGCUCCCGGGGGCUUCGUUUUCCCGGCCCUCUUCGCCAAAAGCUCCCACAUCUACAACCCCCUCAUCUACUUCUACUUCAACAAGACUUUCCAGCGGGAGUUGCGCUAUCUGCUCCUCUCGAUCUACUCUAAGCUCGGGGUGAACCAAGUGGGGGUCCACAUCGGUGCAGGACACCAAGCCCCGAUCCCCAUCCACAUUCAGCUCCAGGAACGAGGCUGCGUCCCAAAGAGGAACUUUAGCUUGUCUCAGGACAGAACUCACAGUAAGACCAAGAGCAAAGAAAAAGUGGUGAACGCUGAUGGCAGUCGGCUGGUGUAUGUCUGCUGGGGCUCCACGUACACAGACUCGAACAAUAAACCUGCCAAUGACUGCCCACCUGUCUCUAUAUGACUUGUGAAUACAUGACUAAUGAAGGUUCAAUCACAAACAAGCUGGUUCUGUGUUAUGGAGGACCAUACAUGACUUAAGUAUAAAUAAAUAAAUAAAUGUAUAAAUAAAUACAGAAAUAAAUAAAUAAAUGAAUAAAUAAAAAAGGAAAUAAAUACAGAAAUAAACAA